AUGGUCUCCCCCAAGCCCGAAAUGUACCACGACGCGCUCUACCACCUCGCCGCAGCAGCAGAGUCGUCUCCAUCUCCUCAACCUGGUCACUACCCUGACCCUCAACACUACCCUCCCUAUGCACAUGCGCAGCACCACCAUCCGCCAGGCCGCCACUACCAAACUAUACCCCCAGCUCACCGUGCGUCGCUUCCGCAGGACCAGUACAGAUAUGCAGACCAUGGCUACUCUCCGGCAUCUGCAACCGCCUCAUCUGCGUCUUCCUCAGUACCCAACAAUUCCGACGCAUCUGCUUCUCGAUUGCCGCCGCCCCCGGGCCCAUCUGCGCACUACGAUCACCGUCCGUCCAUGAGGUCCGUCCCGUCUCACUCUUCCGAACAGACUGAGGAUGCUGGCCAUGCUAGAUCUCGUCCAUCCGAUGCUGCGGUGACGGGCAGUAACACAGCUCCUGCCUCUGGCGCCUCUUCUGCUGCUGCUGCUUCUGCGGCGGCGGCGGCGGCUGCCGAAAAGAAGAUCUCAUGCAUGGAAUGCCGCCUUUCCAAAGUCAAAUGCUCCGGUGGUGAUCUCUGCACACGUUGCAAGCGUCUGGGCAAGGAAUGCUACUACAAGAGCCACAAGCGAGGUCGCAAAUCGGACAGCUCCAAGAUCCAGAAGCUCGAACGCACCGUCGACUCGCUCAGUCGCGCCCUCGAGCAAUUUUCCAAGAACAAGGCCGCUGGAAGUCCUGGCAGCUCGCAUCCGCGUUCCAGAUCCGUCGUGGUAGACGCAAAGCGCAGCGCUCGAAUCGACGACGACCCAGACAUUUCGUCACCGGACAGUUCUUGGAAGCACACAGAGGCGGCAUCUCGACCACCGCCGACCGCUGCUCCCUCGUCCUCCGCUAUGUCGCCUCCAACACAGUCGCCUCGCGCCGCCGGUUCUGCAGCGUAUCGCGAACCCGCAAAUCCUCUACCUCGACGUCCCUCGGAGCUCUAUCGCCAGCGCUCUACGUCGUCAUCGUGGCAGACGCCUCACAGCAUCACUUCAGCUACUCCGACAUCCGAUGACCCGGACGAGCCAGAGAACUUGGGUCUUCCGACGCUCUCGAAUCCACUCAAACUGCUGGCACACGCCAGCGACUCGGCGCGCGAUCGGGAUUCUGGCCUCGAACCUUCCGACCAUUCGUCCAUCGCUGCUGAAGGCAAGCAUUCCGGCAGCAAGGCCAGAUCCGCGUCCGACGACGAGGCGCGACGUGACGCUCGCACCAGCGCAAACGCCAACGACGCCGUCAACUCGUCCAACGCCCAAAAUCUACCUUCCUCGGGCGGCGCGGUGCAGCACAACAAUGGUCGAGCCAGUCUCUUUGGCGAAUACUCUGGCUUGACCAAGACCAACACGGUGUCGCGCUUUGGUCCUGGUCGCGGCAAGGCUUUCUUUGACGUCGGUCUGUUUACGACCAAGCUCGACAACUUGCCGCAGUUCGACCCGAUCGACCGGGGCUAUCUCACGCUCGCCGAGGCAGAGUCCCUCUAUGCGGUGUUCCUCGACCACAUCAACCCGACCAUUACGCUGCUCGACCCGCAUCUGCACACGUUCGACUACGUGAGGUCGUGCUCGUCGCUGCUGCUCAGCUGCACGUGCUGGAUCGCGGCCAAGUACAAGGUUGAGGCGAGUCAAAUUGCGGCGGAUCUCGAGAUGCAUAUUAGGUCCAACUUGCUGCCGACCAUCUUGAUGGAAGGCUUCAGGAAUGCCGAGAUCCCGCAGGCGCUUAUCAUUCUUGCCGCGUACCAUCCGCAGAUGAACACGCUGUCCGAGGACAAGGCGUGGGCUUAUGUUGGGUUCGCCAUUCGCAUCGCAUCCGAGCUGGAUAUGAACAGCCGUAUCACUGUGCGACCUGCGAAUCGGCAGGAUGACGCAGGGUUGGCGCGGAGGCUGCGCAAUCGGGAGAGGACAUGGCUCAAUCUGUGGCUGUUCGAGACAAGCAUGAGCCAGCAUAUGGGGCGCAGACCGACGCUGGCCAACGAUCCCGUGGUGAUGGGAUGUGCGCAUUGGCAUCUGGACAAGUUUGCCUUGACGCAGGACAAGGCGGUGGUCGCUGUGGUGCAGCUGCGCCUGCUCAUGAAGCGAAAUACGGAGCUGUUUGAGAACUUCGUCGAUGCCUCAAGCUCGUAUUUGCCCGCAGAGCGGACGGCGAAGCAGGUCGAGCUGUUUAGGCGUACGUGCGCGGCGGAUCUCGAUACGUGGUUGGCGACGUGGACGGGGCCGUCGCACCAGCAGUCGACGCAGAAUGAUGCCGCGACUGCGUCUGAUGCUGUGGGCGACAACAGCGGCAGCAAGCCGAAGCUCGGCGCAACGGGCAAUGCCGAUCUGCCACCGACACUGUCGCGCAUCAACCGGCUCAAGCUGUACUACUGGUACGCGCGGCUCGUCCUGGGCACGAUCGCGCUCAAGAGCACACAUCUCGGGAUUGAGGUGCUCCGCCCCAUCUACCGCGACGCUUACGCAUGCUGCAUGGCCUACCUGGGCCUGUUUGUGGCAACCAUGGUGCCGAAUGGAUUGUUCUGGGGCCACAACUCGGCGGUGGUCACACCGGCCUACUGUGCGAUCUUUGCGCUCAAGAUCGUCGGGCUCAUCUCGACUUCCGGUGCCGGGCACAAGGCGAAGGAGGAGGAUCUGGGGAUUGAUGUGGAUGCAGAGUAUACGUUUGAGAUGGUGGAGAAGGUGGCGAGGGCGUGCGAGGACGCGGGGAAUGCGACGCCGCACAGGAGGGCUGCGGCGGGGAGCUAUGCGUUCUUUUUGUUCACCGUGCUGGCUAAGGCGAGGGGGGUGUGGAAUGCCAAGUUGGCCCGGCGGGGAGAGGUGGAGGGCGGUGUGGGGAAGGUGGAUAAGGGGAGGAAGCGGGAGAGGGAGGGCGAUGGGGAGGUGGGACCAGGGAGGCAGGGCAAGAGUGCGAGGAACGGGAGAGUCAAGGAUGGGGUGCGCGGGGAUAGGAAUGGGGUCCCGAGCGCGGGUGAUGGUGCGGGGAACGGCGGCCGAGGUGUCGGGCAGGCAGGUGCGGGAGGGGAGCAGGCCGACGAAGGCGUGUCGUCUGCCGGUCCUUCUGCUGAAGGCGACGAAUUGGCGGCUCAAGGCAACGUGGCCAACGCCGACUCAGAACAGUACUUCCUCCGCCAGCUGAUGCAGUUCCAAGCCGGACCCUCGGGCGUCCAAACAGCCAUUGUACACGAUGCAUCGCAGCAACAGCCGCUGCCGCUGUCCCAACAGCAGUACAGUUUUGCUCCGCACCUCCUCGCGACAUCCUCGAACCCAGGCCCCGUGCUGGACAAUAUGUCGACGCUCGCCGCGUCCAACGCUGCGUCUGCUGCGUUUGCCGGUAGCGUGGGAGGCGUGGGUGGCGUGGGAGCAAAUGGCGGGUUGGGAGGUGUGGAGGGUGUAGCAGCAGGCGAUGCGGGUGUGGGUGCCGGCGUCGCGGGGGUCGAUAUCGAUUGGGACUUUGGCAUGCUGGACGGCUUCCUCGGCGAGUCGCUGUUUAGCGAUAUGAGUUUUGUCUCGGCUUCCGCGACGCCGGCAAACAUGAAUGCCAUGAAUGCCGGCUGA